AUGGAAAAGCAGCUUUCCGAUAAAGAUCUCACGGCUAUCGACUUGCGGAACGAGAUCGACACCCUGGAAGAGAAAAUGAAACGGAACGGAAGUAAGACGGACGAUCAAAUGACGGCCUACAAAGAAGAGAUUGAAAGAAACGUGAAGAGGAUGAAAGAGUUGGACGCUACGAUCGCGAAGAAGAUUCGAGAGGCGGCCGAAAAGACGAAAGACGACCUGCGACGGACGUCCCGCGAUCUGGCGGCCGCCAAGGUAACCGAGAUCAGGCUUAAGGCAAACCACGAAAAAAUCGAAAAAGAGAUCCCGCAGUGGAAGGAAUGUGUCGAAGAAUUGAAGAAGGCACGCAACGAAGCUCACGAAUCCCACGCCAAGGAACUCGGAUCGCUUCGAGAAGAUCUCGAGAGGGAGAAAUCGGACGCUGAAACGAAACUUGCAACGGCGAAGGCGAGCCACUCGGACGAGAUCGAAAAUCUUCGAACGCAGAUAUCUUUUCUUAAAGAAAAGGAAUCGAAACUGAGAAGAGACACAGGUAAGUUGCAUGCGGCCCUAAAGGAACGGGAAGAGAAGCAUCUCGAUCGGAUAGCUAAACUGGAAUCCGAUAAGAUUUCGCGAUCGGCCGAAGCGGAAGAGGCUCUUGACUAG